AUGCCAGACUUUGUAUUGCGUUUAUUAGUUGCAAUUGCCAUUACAAAUAAUGGUUUGUUAGGUUUCUUAGCAUAUGGAUUAGAUAUUCACAACAUUGCAGUGAUCAAAGAAUCAAAGUUAUACAUAUUCUUUAUCAAGAAUAUAUUCCCAACAUCAUUUUUCAAUAUAUCAACUAUAUCAAGUAAUAGUACUGGUGGUGGCACUGGCACUGGCACUGGCACUGGCACUGGCACUGGCACUGGCACUGGCACUGGCACUGGCACUGGCAGUGGUAGUGGUAGUGGUAGUGGCAAUGGCAGUGGCGGUACAACAGGAUCAAGUAACUCGAGAGUACUAAGUAGUCAUAGUAGUGUUGGAAGUAAUAUGAGAGACCGUCAUAUAUCAGUAAGGAUGACCUACAUUGACAACAACUUUGGAGUACCAACCAACCUCAACAUCAACAACAAAAAUAAUAAUGACAACAACAACAAUAAUGACAACACACAGACUAGUGUGGUGGUGGACCGAGGAGAUGAGCCACAAGGCCUUGAGAUGAUGAACGAGAUUUAG